ACCUUGCACCAAACGAACCACACACAAUCGCACUAAUGGACAAAGAGGAUUCGUACAAAAAGCCUGGAAUAUUAUGGAUUUUGAAUCAGACAUUUCUGAACCCAAGAUCCCAGUUGGACGAGGGCGAGUGGCCAGGAUUAAAGUUGUAAAAGCGAAUUAAUGGCAGACGAAACGCAGGGAAAUCCGUUUGCAGUUGAAGAAACGGAAUGAGUUGCUCAACUCCACGCACGAUCCGUAGCCGCCAGCGAUCCCAUGAUCGCAAUGCGCCCUACACCAAAAACUCCCGCCUUUCUUCCAGGACUAUGGACGACUUAUGCAAGAAUUGCAAGCGGCCAGGACAUUUUGCUCGAGAAUGCCCAAAUGCCCCAGUGUGCAAUAAUUGUGGUCUUCCUGGGCAUGUUGCAUCUGAGUGCACUACAAAGUCCCUCUGUUGGAAUUGCAGAGAGCCUGGGCAUAACGCAGUUCAUUGCACUAAUGAUCCAAUAUGCCACACUUGUGGCAAAGUGGGUCACUUUGCUAGAGACUGCACAUCUCCAAUCCUCCCACCUGGAGAAAUGAAGCUUUGCAAUAAUUGCUACAAAAAGGGGCAUAUAGCCGCAGAGUGUACAAAUGAGAAGGCAUGCGGUAGAUGUCGUAAAACUGGACAUUUGGCACGUGACUGUAUCAGCAGUCCUGUUUGUAACCUCUGCAAUGUUUUCGGUCAUGUGGCUAUACUGUGCCCAAAGGCUCACAUGAUAGAUGAGAGAAGAUCCUCAACAUUCAUUAACAUCAUUUGCAGGUCAUGCAACCAACCAGGUCAUACGAGUAGAGACUGCACAAACAUUAUCAUCUGUCAUUACUGUGGUGGCCGUGGACAUUUGGCAUACGAAUGUCCAUCUGAUAGUGUAAGGACACAUGACUAACGUAGGCGUUGACGUUGUACUUUCUCCAUCAAUUAAUCUGUUGCCGUGGCCAACUUCAUCAUUUUACAGUUAGGUAGAUUCAACAACUUUACAGUCCCACUUUCUGUUGAAACUCUGUAAUGCUGUAUACUUAAUCCCAAUAUUUUUAUUCUCUGUAUAACUUUCAUCGA